AUGGAUGUUGAUUUGUACGCGUACUUUGGCCUCAGAGAUGAUUGUACUGCAAAGGACAUUCAGAGAGCGUAUAAGAAGAAGGCAAGGGAGGCACAUCCUGAUAAAAAUCAAGACAAUCCGUUGGCAAAGGAAUCAUUUCAGCAACUGGCUAUUUAUUUCGGAAUUCUUCACGAUCCCGUUAAAAGGAAAGAAUAUGAUCAGAAAUGGAAAGCAAAAAGAGAGGCUAUUAAAAGAAUGGAAUCUAUGGACUCUUCACGAAGAAAGCUUAAAGAAGAGCUAGAAGCGAGAGAAGCAGCUGCCAUGGCUUUGCGGAAGAGGCAGUUUGAAACUGUGGUUAAACAACAAGCAGCCGACCAGAUUCGCAGGGAUUGGGAACGCCAUACUGAAGAAAUGAAGUGGCAAGCUGAAAGGAAACGAAAAUCUACAAAUGAGGAGACUGACGAUGUGAAGUUCAAAUGUACUAAAUCUGAUCAGGCUGUGGUGAGAAUAAAAUGGGCUUACGGAGAAAACUUUCAGGCCAACGCUUGCUACACAGAAUCGUUCCUAAGAACAUGUUUAUCAGAGUUCGGUGACGUGAUAGCUUUCGUCAUUGGUAAACGUGGCAGUGCCAUUGCUGAGUUUUCCACUUAUAAUGAAGCAAAAAAAGCAAUAAAGGCAUCUGAACGUGGGGCAGUUGGUCUUCCAAGUUUACCCCUUCAAUUAUCAUGGUUGUCAAUAAGUAACACAAAUGUGGUUAGUGAUUCAAAUAACGUCAAAGAUAAACAAGUGGAGAAAGAUAAAUUCAUAUAUGAACCAACUCCAAAUAAUAAGUCUAACUUUGAAACAUUCGAACAAGACAUCUUAUCUCGUAUGGCAAACUUUGGACAAUAA